AUGGUCAACAAGGUUUGCCUAUUAAUUCUGCUUGCUGUGUCUCUGUUGCUCUUUGCUUCAGUCACUUGUGAGAAUAUUGUCUAUUCUACUACAACCUACAUGGAUGGAACGCUCGUUCCUUCAUUCGAAACUAAUGUUGAAACUAACCUAUUCAACUCUACCAAUCCAAACUCCAGAUCCCUCCAAGAAGAUUGUACAUUGUGUCCAGUUGGUGGUGAUUGCACAUGUGCAGGUACUUGUCCAGUUUCUUCAUAUGAUUACAAGGACUUUUUCAUCAAGACAACUUGUCCAAAUGGUUUCUACUUGACUUCCUUGAGUCUUCAAUGUAGAACAAGUGUUAUUGGUGAUUCAAAAGUUUUUAUUCUUUCUCCAAGUGAAUUUGAUAUUUACAAGGCAGAUGAUACGAAACUUCCAGCUAUUCGAUUCAACACUAAUAAUUGUAUUGAUUAUCGUUUUAACAUUACAGAAGAUCAAACUCUUGUUUACUAUUGGUUAGAUUUAAGACCUGCUGUGUAUACAGCAAAGUGGUGGUUUAAAUUUGUUGGAACUUGCAACAAAAUUCAAGCUGGUCAACCUGUCAGAAUGGAUGUUCAGCCGUCAGUUGUUACCUUAACAAACACAACAUUUUUUGACAUUUCAACAACUCUAUACGAUAGAAACAAUAUCAUCGCUGGUAAUGCAGAAGGAGAAAUGCGUCUUGUUGUUGAUCCAGCUCAAAAUCAAGGUUUCCAAUUAACAAGUAGCUCACCAGUUUUGUGGGGAAACUCAACUUUUAAAUUAAUGAAAUUCAAAACAGCUCUUCCACAAGUUGUGUACCAAGUGUUCUAUACGAAUGGUAACUAUUCCAUUAACGAAACAAGAACCAUGAAUAUGACAGGAGAUCAAGUUACAUUCAUUUGUAACAUUCCAAAAUAUAUGAUUAUUAAUCAAGUAGUGAAUGUUGAUUUCGCUCUUGUGGAUAGUCAAAAUCAAGUAGUCCAAUCUGUGAGUUCUAAUUUUGCUAAACUUGGUUCUCCACAACUUGGUUCAGAUUGCAUGUAUUAUUUAACAACUGAAGGUAUCUUUCGAUAUGUUUCACCAGCAGAAAGAGAUAUUCCAUUAACAAGAGGAAGAGGCUCAAUGACUUUGAGAGCUCCAAUGACUGUAAGAAGUAAUAGUUUUUACAUUGAUCUCUAUUACAUGCUACGUACGAAAACUUAUUUCACAUUCGAAACAACUGGACCUCCAUAUGAUGCACAAAUCACUAUUAUUGAUGGAGAGUUUGGAAGUGGAACAGAUACUGCAUUCUCAGUUUCAAUUUAUGAUGGAAAAAUGGAAUAUAGUCCCUCACUUGUUAAGGCAUGUUCAGAUGUUGUGAAAAUUGUUUCAGAUCCUCCAUUAGAAGGGUUUCCAGUGGAAAGUAAGGCAGUGGAGGGAGUUGCUUUGUUUAAUACCAUGUUAAUUAGUGAUCCUAGAAAUAUCAAGUUGCAAAUACUUGUCAAUAAUCAAGCAUUGACAAGUAAGAAUGUUAGAGUUGGAGAUAAUGUCAAGUUAGCUCUUUCAGUUGACAAGUAUUUGAUAUCACCAGGUGAUUCAUUCUAUGGAAAUAUCUCAAUUUAUGACAUGUUUGAUAACUUUUUAAACAUGUCUACUGGAAAUGCAUUCCUUAACAUUACCUAUAAUGGAAAUCAAUUCAUGAAAAUUAAUUCCAAAGUUGUUAAUGGAUUUUGCAUGUUUUCACCAAGUUCAAUUCCAAAAAUUUACACUUCUCGAGUUUACAUUCAAGCUGGAUUCUACAGUCAAUUCAACCAAUUAUUCCUAUCAGAAACAUUUGAAAUGCAAGUUUACAAUUUGUCACCUUACCCUACUCCAAAACCAACCAUUAGUCCAAUGAUGAGUAAAAAGGCAGAACACUCAAGUGGUGGUAAUAAUCCAACAAAUCCAUCUAAACCUUUGAAUUCUGUUCAAAUUCCAGCCAUCAAAUCCAAUAAUCAAAGAAUUAACAAUGCCAAUUCUGUUAACAUUGGUUCUGUAAUUCUUCUUGUGUUCUUCCUCUUUUUGAUAAGCAUGCAUUAA